AUGAGUGACUUUCUGAAAUCGGCCAUAAACUACUUCAACGCGGCACCGUCGAACGGAUUGGACAACGAUUUCGUGGGCCAGACGGUGCAAGUGGCAAAUGUGAAGCUGCGUAUCAAGCGCGUUAUAGCGGAAGGGGGGUUCGCGUACGUGUACGUGGCUCAGGAUGUUCAGACCAACGUCGAAUACGCGCUCAAGCGUUUGCUCGGCACGGACAAGGAGGAGUGCAAUAACAUCAUACGUGAAAUCAACAUCCACAAGCAGGUGUCGGGUCAUCCUAAUGUGGUAAAAUUCGUCGCUGCCACAUUCAUCGAUCGCACGCAAAGCGCCAAUUCUCAGCGCCGUGCUGAAUAUUUGCUCGUAUCGGAACUCUGCAAAGGAGGAUCUUUGUACGACUGCCUCGAGCAGGAUCUCGCUCCCGAAACGGUGCUGCGAGUGUUUUAUCAAGCGACCAAAGCCGUCGCCCAUCUGCACAGCCAAUCGAAACCGAUUAAUCAUCGGGACAUUAAGAUUGAAAAUUUCCUUCUUGGAAGCGAUGGGCUGUUAAAGCUGUGUGACUUUGGAUCUGCUUCCACGGACAGUUUCGCUCCUGAUGUGACAUGGAACGCCCAGCAACGCGACACACUCGAGGAUGCUCUGACGCGCUGCACGACCCCUAUGUACCGGGCUCCCGAGCAGCUCGACACUUGGGCAAACUAUCCUAUCGGUAUCAAGAUGGAUGUGUGGGCGCUCGGGUGCAUUCUAUACUGUCUCUGCUACCGGAAGCACCCCUUCGAAGACUCGGCCAAAUUGCGCAUCAUAAACGCCAACUACACGAUCCCCACGACCGAUUCGCGAUAUGCGUGCUUCAGCGAAACUAUUCGUGGAUGUUUGCAAGUCGAUCCGAACCAGCGAUUCGAUACGGCCACGGUCCUGGAGCGGUUAGCAGCAAUAGCCGAAACAAAAGGAUGGCCUUUGAAAGCCCCACUAGGUUUACUGGGUAAACCAUUGAAUUCGCCAUCGUCCGGAAUGACUCCGACACCUAGCCCAAGCCACAAUGGACCGAAUGGUGCGGCAGUCCCGGAAAGACCUGCUCCACCGCGUCCCGUGUGCCCGCCAGGUGGCCCGGUGCCAGUUAGCAGUGAUGGAUCACUUCGGCAUAAAUAUCCCCAGCGGCCACCUGAUCCGGUGCGCGUUACAGUGAACUCGGCACCCCUGCACCCGGGAGCUGGACCGUCGCCCUAUCCGACGCCCCACGGGCAGCCAACGUUUAGCCAGCCCGUUCCACCUGCGAUGGGAGGAGGCGGUGGACUUUUCUCGUCGAUAAAAGGUGGCGCAGGUAGUUUUCUAAAGAACCUAAAAGACACGUCCUCCAAAGUGAUGCAGACGGUGCAGCAAAGUAUCGCCCGGACCGACCUGGACAUGAGCUACAUCACGCAGCGUAUCAUUGUUAUGCCGUGCCCGUCCGAGGGCAUAGAGUCGGCAUACCGUACGAACCACAUCGAGGAUGUGAAGGUGUUUCUCGACAGCCGCUACCAGCCGACAAAGCUGAGUGUGUACAACCUGGUCCCGCGCAACAGUUGCCCACGGUUACCCCCGCCAGUGCGCACGGUUGAUGUCGGCUUCAUAUACGCACCGGUUCCGGCUCAAAGCGGAAAAGCACCUCUGCUUACUGCGUUGUACUCGCUGGUGGAGGAUAUCUACGGAUUUCUGAGCGCAGACCCGAAGACGGUCGUCAUCAUCCAAAGCCCUGAUUGCGGGCGAGCGCUGGCAGCAACAGUCGUGUGCGCGCUUCUGAUCUAUGCUUCGAUGGUAACGGAACCGGAGGACGCUAUGCAAAUGUUCGCCAUUAAACGGAUUCCGCCCAACUUACGGCCGUCUGAGUUGCGCUAUCUGUAUUAUUUAGGGGACAUCGUUCGAUCGGUGCCCCACCUACCGCACUACAAGCCUGUAACGCUGGUAUCACUCGCGGUUUCACCCGUGCCGCGCAUGACAAAGGCCCGCGAUGGCUGCCGCAUGUACGUGGAAGUGGCCACGGCCGAUCGGACGAUCUUUUGUACGCUCCAGGAUUACGAACGGAUGCGACUGUACCACAUGUCGGAAGGCAAAAUUGCGCUCGCAAUGAACGUGACGGUGUGUGGUGACGUUACGAUCAGCCUGUACCACGCCCGCAACGCCCUCGGUGGAAUGGGACGUCCGCAGGGGCUCAAGAUAUGUCAGCUGCAGUUCCACACCGGGUAUAUCCCCGAGGAAGAAACGUUAAUAAAUUACGAUCGCUCGGAGUUGGAUGAGGUGCCCGAUUUGGAGCACGUGCCGCAAAAGUUUAGCGUGGCACUGAGUGUGUUUGUAGGCGACUCGGAACGACCACCGUCCACCCAGUUGCCCUGGCGGUCACCUAAGGCGGCACGAGACCCACGCAUCCUGUUCGCCUCCUUGCAAGAGUACGAAGAACACGUGGAGAAUUUUGUCACGAAACCAAGCGGUAACACAUCGAGACAGGGCGGCACCGAUUCGACGGCUCCGCAUAGGCCACCCCCUCCUCGACCAGCCCCACCGUCACCACAACCGAUUCGUCGGGUGUCGGGUGAUGAAACCCUGUCGGAAUCACCCGGAUCUCUUCCUAACGAUGCAGCGGAGCAGGAGCAACGCGAGGCUGAUCUUUUGAACCUAAGCAAAUCUAGUCAUGGCGGCGAUCCACCAAAAUCGCAACCACAGGUUUCAAAAGUUGAAGAAUCGUUCGAUUUGCUCGGUGGUCUAUCGGCACCGGGAACGGACAGUAACGCCGGAAAUGGGCGCCCGAACACCGAUGGUACCAGCGCGACGAAGACCACGGCUGUGCUGGAUGACAUUUUUGGCACCUUCGAUGAUGGUGGCAGUUCCCUACCAACGGCAAAGUCUAGCAGCGAUCUGAACGGAUUAAAUCUUAACUUUGAUCACUUUGGUGGAGUAGCCCAACCGGCGGGUGGUAGCCCGUUCACAAACGGUGGUGGACAACCGGACGCGACGGCUAACAACGCCAACAACAGUUUCGGUUUCGACGCGUUUGCAGGAGUGGCACCGCAAGCAUUCUACAACAGUGCCGCUCCGGUUCAGCCAACAUCGGCGGCACCACAGCAGCAGCCCACGAGCGGCGGGCCCGCGAAGGAUCCGUUUGCGGAUCUUGGCAAUCUCGCGGCUGGCCUGGCAGGGGGAGCCAGUGGUCCUACCACCUCGGCCGGCUGGAGUGGAAAACCCGGAACUACGCCGAGUCCGCGUUCGACGCAGUUCUCCAGCCCGACGCAUCAAUUCAGCGGAGCCAGCACGGCCAAUCCGUCUCCGAGGGCGCCAUCGACUCCGAACCACCAGAUGCGCAGUCCAAAUGAUGGCCAAUCGCAGGCACGGCCCGACUACAGCCGAUCGCAUUUUGAACCCCCCAAGAACGGUGGUAAUGGUGGUGCAAAGGAUGGUGCAGGUGGUGGCCGCUCCGGAGACAUAUUCGGGGAUAUUCUCGGCCAGCAAGGCUACUCGUUCGGAAAUACCAAAAACCAAGGUCCACGCACGAUGAACGACAUGCGAAAGGAGGAACUGGUGAGAGAGAUGGAUCCCGAACGGGUGAAGCUGAUGGAAUGGACCGAAGGUAAAAAGAGCAACAUCCGUGCGCUGCUUUGCACCGUGCACACCGUGCUGUGGCCAGGUGCUAAAUGGACAAAGUGUGAAAUGCACCAGCUCGUGUCGGCGGCCGACGUGAAAAAGACCUACCGUAAGGCGUGUCUUGCCGUUCAUCCGGACAAGCACACGGGCACGGAAAAUGAGACUAUGGCCAAGAUGAUAUUCAUGGAGCUGAAUAAUGCGUGGACAGAGUUUGAGAGUGAUGCCACCCAGCAAAAUUUAUUCGCCAACUAA